UAAAACUGUGCGCAGGCCCCCUGACGCCGAGUCGACGACUAAUGAUCAGUGCUGCCUUGUCUGCCGUUGAGUGCGUAGCGACACUGUGAUCCGUGUUUACAUAAGAACGUUUCAGUGUUUGUUUAGUUUCACCAAUUUCCCCGAAACACACGACGUUAAAAUGGCUGACAGUGGUCUGAAAAGGAAUAUUCCCAUUAAGCUUGGUGACUUUUCUGUCAUCGACACUGAAUUCUCCAGCAUCAGAGAGAGAUUCGAUGCUGAAAUGAGGAAGAUGGAAGAAGAAAUGAGCAAAUUCAGAUCGGAACUCAUGAACAGAGAAAGCAACAACUUUUUCAAAAGCACAACAAGGUCUUACAAUUUCGAAUCUGUUUCUUCCGGAGGAGUAACCAAGUCGUCGGAGAGUAGCACCACAUCGUCACAGCACAGUGACAGCAGACAGUUGGCAGAGCCCAGCCAUUGGGAUAGCCUGAACUCGCCCUUGAUCCAGGAUGAGGGUGAUGGCAAGUCACUGAAGCUCCGCUUCGAUGUUAGCCAGUACACUCCUGAGGAAAUCGUCGUCAAGACUGUAGACAACAAAUUAUUGGUCCAUGCCAAGCACGAGGAGAAGUCUGACACAAAGUCCGUGUACAGAGAAUACAAUAGGGAAUUCCUGCUGCCAAAGGGCACCAACCCCGAGGCCAUCAAGUCGUCCCUCUCCCGAGACGGCGUGCUCACCGUGGAGGCGCCGCUGCCGCAGCUCGCCAUCACCGACAGGAACAUCCCCAUCCAGAAGCACUGAGCGUGCCCUCGCUAGCCGUCCGCCAUGACAGCAGCUAUUCCAUAAUACUGUUAAUAAUUUAUUUUAAUUUACGUUUUAUAAAUUUAAGAGGAGCAAUUGGCGAUAUUUAUUUAGAAUCUUUUAGAGAAUCUCAAAAUUUAUUAACACCUUAAUAUUUUUAUUGGUCAAUUAGUAUUCUCAAAAAUUCCAACCAACGAUAUUGAGCACAGUUUGCAUGUUGAAUGUUGCUUCAGUGACAUUUGCUUUCUCGACGAGUGAUAGGAGAUGUAUUCAGGCAAUUGUUACUUUUGUUUUUAUAUUGGGUAUUACGAUGAAGUUUUAUUUGUGUCCUAUAUACGAUUAAGUAGUUCUAGGAUCACCGUGAAUUGACAAAAUUGGCCUACAAGGAAAAAUAUUUCACUGAGCUUAAAUGUGUUCACGAUUAAUGAAUUGGUACAACUUGUACUUUGAUAUUAAAAAGGCUAUUCGCAAAUAGGCUAUGAAGACAACGAUGAUUGAUAAAGUGUCUUAUACCAUAUGUACAGAACUCCAUUUCGCUUAACACAACCUGCAUUGAGCAGAGCUAAUACAAGCACGUUAUAAUACACCAAUUUAACAGCUUUUAACAUAAUACACAUUUAUAUUUUAGUACAAACAGUUGUUACGAAUGUUUUAGAUGUCAAUAAAAUUUAAAAAGCUUUC